AUGGCCAUCCGCGUGCCGCUGUGGCUUGUGCUCUCCACCUUUGCCGCGUUCGCCCUGCUCCUCCGUCUGGAGAGCUCUGCAACAGCGCCACCGCCAGGGUUGGAACCAGGCGAGCUGCCCACUGCGCGCUUUGGACUAGUCCACGUGCCAAAGACGGGAGGGCUUGCGGUGCGGCAUGCACUCGGCGACCGGUGCGACGACAUCGUCAUCGAGAGGCGGGCGCACUCGACGGCGGAGAGCGACGUGCUCAAGGUGGGGCUCCGGCCGCUGGUCGUCCUUCGCGCGCCACUCGAGCGGCUGCAAUCCUCGUUUGACUUUUGGCAGCAGGGCUCGAGCGAGCUGUCCGCUCUCUCGCGCGGCAACCCGCAGGCCACGCUCCUUCUCAAGCCGGCGCGUCGGCUCCCGUGGGAAGGCUUCCUCGAUGGGCUGCUCAACGGCUCGUCGCCGCACCGCGCGACGGCGCAGCUUAUCGUCAACGCGCCACAGGCCCUCGCCAGCUGGGCAUGGUCGGCGCACUUUCACCCUCUCCGCCGCUUCGUCGACAAGGAGGACCCGAGAUCGGUCUACGUGUGCUACUCGAGGCGGCUGCUCGCACAGCGGCUCGCCUGCAUGGCGGCGGCGGUCGGCGUGCGCUGCCUCUUCAACGCCACCGGCAACGUCAACCCGACCCGCCGCCGGAAGCGCGCCGCCUCCGCCGAGCCGGUGGUGCCGCCCCACCUGCUGGCGCCGCUGCAACGGUACCUGAGCGACGACGAGGCAAUCUUCCGGCGCCACUGCGGCGCGUUCGUGCCGCGACCAGUUGUGUCGUAUGGGGUGUACAAAGGGCCGGCCCGAUUCGGGAGACCCGUCGAGGGAUCUGGACAGCUCGAAGGUGGGGACGAUGAGCUGCGGCUCGCGUUUGGGCAGGGGCUGUGGGGCGGCAGACUGCCAGACGACUGGCAGGUGAUAGACGCGGAAAUGUACGCGGUGCUGGCUUACCUGCGUAAGAUGGCAACGGCGGAAGAUGCGGCGGACAGGAGGUGCCUCGUCUUGAGCGACUGCAAGCCCGCGCUACAGCAGAUCGAGGCGGCGUACCGAAAAGGCUCUCUUGAGGGGCUCCGGGAGGAGCUUGAAUCCGUCACGUUCCUGUGGGUACCGAGCCACGCGGGGUGCGCUAGCAACGCCGACGCCGCGGCGACGGCAUACAUGGGGGCCAGCGAGAUUGAGGAUGCCACCGCCGUCAUCCGGGAAGCAGUGAGGACACGCCCGUGCCUGUACACGGACCGCCGGAGGACGGCAGACGGAGAGUGGAGGGGAGACGUACUGGACCGGAGGACCUAUUACGCCACACGCGGCCACACGAACGAGUGGGUGCGAGGACGGCUCGGCGAGGGGCUCACGGCGGGGUCGCACACGGCAGGGGUGACGGGGCCGCUGUGGAGCGAUGUGGUCAGGGGAACGACGAGACACAAAUGGGACAAGCGCCAGCGGAUCAAGGAUCAAGCACGGCGAGCGCGAGAUUGAUUCGCCGACGUGGAUGAUCAUAACGUGGUGACAAAGACCGUCAUGGGAGCGCGGGUGCGGCAGCAGGCGGGGGUGCCACACGGAGCGCACCACGAGAGGAUCAUGCGGGGAGAGGCGGGGAGAGAGACCCCGGGCGCCGCCACAAGGAGCGAACUCAGGGGCUGCCUCGUCUGUAAGGCCGCGAGGGACGCGGCGAGGAGGGCAGCACUAAAGGUAAGCGGGACCCGCUGUGUCCGAUCGUGCGGAAAGCCGCGCAGCAAUGGACCGAGGAAGACGAGAACCCGCCUCAGAGUAGCGCGAGCGCAGACGGGGACGGCGAUCAGCAAAGUAGCACAGGCGGCACCCGACUCCAAGGAUACGCUGAAGACGCUGAGGAUAGCGCAUAUCGCUGCGCUGAAGGGCUCACGCUAUAGGGUGCUGGAUGAGGACGGGUACGAUGCACUAGCCCCUGCCGUCGGGGGGGUGUUGCCGGCGCUGGUAGAUGAUCUCUCGGAGAAGAGUCGGAGGGACCUUGGCGCCGGGGUUACGAGGAACUUGCAAGUCGUGGCCGAGGCGGCGACGGGAGCGGUGCAGAGGUGGAUCUAGCUCAAUGAUGAGGCUACGGCGCGCAUAAUGAAGAGAGAGGAACACAUCGAGUGGCUGAGGAAGCUCUUCGCUGGGUGGAAGGAGGCCCGGCCGGCCUUGAGGGAGUCGCGGAGGAGGAGGGAUAACGCAGGCAACGCAGGGACGGGCCAACAGCC